AUGUCCGACCAGUUCCUUGUCUCAAAAUCCUUCCAUGUCCACCACAUGUAUCAGCAUUAUGACAUGAUGGGUUUUCCAAAAGCAUUCUAUAAAGGAGUGAUCUUAAGAAAGAUGUCCAAAAUAAACAAAUUACAUGCACUCCCCUCCCCACACCCUCACCCCAGUUCCAUAUUUCCCUCAUCCAAGUAG